CAAACACAACACACCCACAGCUCGUGCGCACACAUGCACUCUCGUCCUCUUCCUUUCUCUCCAAUGCACACAUUUCGUGCAAGCUACAAAGCAGCUGACCUUACAACAAAGCAGCACACUGCACAGAGGAGAGUGGGGUGAAAGGAGAGGAGAGGUGACAGCUCUUAGUCAGUUAGCAGUGUGUGACUAACUCUCCUGGAAAAAGUCUGCAUGACAGGAGCAGUGGGAGGGAUGAUAAGAACAAGACAAUAACUACAACACAAAAAGGGAAAACGCUUCCAAUAACCAGGACACUGGAGGAUUGCUGCCAACAAUCAAGUGUGCUCCUUUGAUGGCAUUUGACACCAAGGGAUGUAGUCGACAGCAAGUGAAGGAAUUAAGUUUACAUGGACUAACCCAUGGAGACAAGGAGCUGGAGGCUGUACUCUGUGAAAAGCUCAUCUUCCCCAAUUUCUGAAUAUCUCACAAAAAAAGCGUCAGCUGUGCAGUUUUCACCUUUUUCCAGGACUGUCUGCUGUGACUGCCAUGCCCCUGUUCAGCUGGAUGAAAUGGUCCCAUGACUCAAGAGUGCAGGCUCAGGAUGAAGCAGCACCUCUGAAGACUUCGGGUGUCAUACCCAGUUGCAUGUUGAUCAGAGAGCUCCUGUGGCAUGUGGAGGAACGUGAGCGGCUGGCGAGGGAGCUGGAGCGGGAGCACAGGCUGGCCCACAGCACCCUGGGUCUCCACUGGUUUCAGAAGUACCCCAGGUUACGGACCCUCAUCCCCACAUCAGAGCUACACCAGCUGGAGUUCCUGUGUGCCCAGAUCCCACCCAUCCAUGCAGCCACCGUUCUCUCCAGGUUUCGUGAGGUGCUUGCCACUAACAACAUAAGGCCCUGGGAGCUGGCGUCUGUCUUCAAGCAGGUGCUGAGGGACUUCCUGAGCGAAAAGGAAUAUGAUGAAGAGGACGACCUCUCAGUGCAGCCAGCACAGCUUCGACCAAUGGAGGCUUGGACCAGCCGCUACAAAAUGAAGCAGGGCUUUGUCACACCCACCGUCCCCAACUGUGGCGACCACCCGAGGGAGGAGAUCCCAACAAUCUCCGGAUAUGUGGACCGGGCCAUGCGGUAUUCCGGUUCGUUCAUAGGGUCCAACAGGGACUGGGACCUUCCAUACAACUAUCCAGCUCCUCUCAGGCCCACAGGGGCAUACAGCACCACACUGUGAGACGACACACUGUUCAAAAUGUCUGAGGCCCUGUGUUUAACACCAGGAGAAACCGUUAUCACAUCCUCAGCAAGAAGACGAGAUGCAAAAACUUGAUUAUUUGUAUUAGUUGUAAAUAUAUCAUAGCUUGUGACCAAAAAAUGUUAAGACAGCAUUAGGCUAGGUGGACAAUGCAUUCAAAUGUUUCAUUUAAAACAACUAGUUUGUCACCUGCUCUUGCUAAUCCCUUCCUGAUGGACUGUUUUUAUGUAGAUUUUGUUCGGUUGGGCAUGUCAUUUUAAUUGUUUACUGUCAGAUAGUGAGUGUUAUGUCAUAAGGCCACAGGAUGUGAAUACAUACGUGAUCUGGACCAUGUGUUCCCAGGCCUUUGUGGUAUGUGAGUCUUUGAAGUGAAGCAAUGUCUACUUGUGACUGUUUUUCACAGGCUGAAAAUGUCAGUUUUUAGAUUACUAAACAAGGUAAGACUGUAAAGUCAAAUAAAAAAAAAUAAUAAAAGGAGUAAAGAUCAUAGGAAACUCAACUAAAACAUAAACGUAGAAUUUAUGUAAUCGUUU